AUGGGGAAGGUCUCUGGGGAGGUCGUGGUGUUCUUCGUCGUCCUCCCUCUGAUGUACACCUGCUUCUUUCUGGUGGGCAUCCAGUUCGGGCGUUUGCUGGAGAGGGAGGCGGACAACAGCGGCGGCGUCGAAUUCACCUGGCGAGGAGCACUCGACUACGUCACCAAGCCGAGGGGCGUGAUCAGCGUGGGGCCGUGGGGUGGAUCCGGCGGGCAGCCCUUCUACAUGCGCGGCGCCAGCGCUCCUCGCCUUCGUAGCAUCGUCCUCUACCAUUCCGGCGCCGUCCACUCCCUCGCCUGCGAUUACACCCUCGCCGGCGACUAUGAGGGGCCGCCGCCCCGGGUGGCUGGUCCGUGGGGCCUCCCGCAUUCCUACGGCUCCAGAGGAGCUCGUACCAAGAUCGACCUGCCUUCAGGUGAGCACAUCACCGCAGUGGAGGGGACGACGGGGCACUUCGCGAACGUCCUCGGCGUGGUGAUCACCUCGCUGACGUUCCGCACCAGCUCCGGCAGAACGUACGGGCCGUACGGCAGCGUGGCCGCAGGGUCGCACUACUUCUCCGUCCCGGCGGCGGACGGCGCCUGCAUCGUCGGCUUCUGGGGACGCUCCGGCCUCCGGCUGGCUUCUCGACGCCAUUGGGGUUUACAUGAAGCCUUCUUGCUCAUCAUCGUCAUCAGACACGGCGACUCCUGCCAGCAAGAAGGUGAAGGCUGUUGCAGGCGUUCCGGCGCCAUAAGAACCAAGGUGGUCAGCAAAGAUGUAACUAUCGUAACUUCAAGUUUAAUUUGUAGUGGGGCCAUGUUGGCCAGUGCUACGAGGGCUCCUGUAGUGGCCUGGAUGUUUAACUUGAGAUUGUUCGGUUGGACUAAUCAGGGAUUCCAUGGACCUGCUGGCAAUGUUGCCUUCGGUCACCAUCACCUGUUCCUACUUUUUCAGUUCGGGCCUGCUGGUCAUGUGACCUUCGGCCUUUGGAGAACAAAAUUUGUAUUGGACCCGCCUGCUGACCUUGCUGUCUUCGGCCAUGGUACUUCAGUGAUGUUGCUGCAGUUAAAUUACUUUGAUCAGAUUACUUGUCAUGUUAGCUGCUGGAUCCAUCUGAGAGGGGUAGCUGGUUUAUCUCUUCCAAUCCCUGUAACAGUACCUUUACUUGGGAGUUUGGCUGCAGUGGUUGUUUUUUAUAUUAAUGUGGCAAAGUAA